UGAGCAGAGACAGGAACCGGGGCUCAGCUGCAGCUGCAACGUUUCCUGUUUUACAGAGCGAGAAAAAAAGAGAGUGAGAGCAGAAAACGAGGUGGUUGGCACGAAGAUGGCAGUGGGAGCGUGUUCAUGCCUGAUAACACCCUGCUCCUGCACAGCAGUCCAGGGGUAGGACAGGACCUCUGGGGCCAGCAAGAAGUGUAACAGCUUGGAAAGCACAGAUAAAGGACAUGUUUAAUUAGACAGGGUGAUUUGGGGUAACAGAAGGAGGAAAUAGAGUGUUAGCCUGUCAAGAAGGCCUCAACAGUUUGCUCAGCUCGGGUUCCACCAGGACAGAGGGGCUCGGGGAGGUGAGAGCCCAGGAUGAUCAGCCAGCCCGGGGAGGGGGCUCGGCCGCGGCUCCGGCGCUCGGGGGAGAGCUACGAGGAGAAGUGCGAGCGGCGGCAGGAGAGCAGGGAGAACCUGCGCAGGAGGAACAACGCGACCACCUGCCGGCACCUCCCGAGGGCAGCGGGGCAGCCACCCCACAGCCCGCGCCAGAGGGAGUUCCUGAGGAGGAGAAACCUGGCGGGCGAGGUGGGAAGGGCACCCCCGAGGCAGGAGCUGGAGGCACAAACCCCACCGGGCUCCUCACCGACCGUCCUGCUCCAGGACUUGUGGAGCAGCCCCACAUCACCCCCUGCACAGCCCCUGCUCCACCUCAGCGUCCCCCUUGGCAUUCCAGCAGAAACCAUUCCUGGGCAAAGGGACUCUGUGAACAGCCAAGGAACACAGACCCUUGCAAAUCCAAGGGAAGGAGUGAAAGACUCGAGCCAGCAGACAGACUGUGGAUCAGCAGUUUUUAAUAAGGAAAUGAUGCAGCUGUCCAACUACCUGAAGGAGGCCCUGCACCGGGAGCUGCUGCUCAAGCAGAAGAUGGUGAUUUUGCAGGAGCUUUUCUCCACACUCCUGGAAGCCUCAGAGAAAUCCUGGCAGGGUCAGCUGAACGAAGACAAACUGAAGUGCAAACUAAGGGCCCUUGAAAAUCAGCUGCAGGCUUGCACCCAGAGUUACUCAAAGGAGUGUGUGAAGAAGAUCCUGAUAGAGAUGGAGGACCAGAAGCAGACCUACGAGCAGAAGGCAAAAGAGGCUCUUCAGAAGAUGUUGGAGGACAAGCUCCAAACAGAGCAGCAGCUACAAAACUCUCAGAGAAGCCUGGCAGCCACGAGAGAGGACCUCGCCUUCUGGCAAGAGCACGACACUGCCCUCAAAGCCGAACUCACCAAGGUGACCACGGCCCACAGCGAGCUCAGAAACAGCUUCCACACUUUACAGAGUGAGCUGCAGAGAGCAGAGGCACAGAACGAGGAGCUGCACCGGGCGCUGCAGAGCCUGCGGAGCGAACACGCCGCGCUCCACCUGAGAGCCACUGCCCUGAGCCAGGACAUCGACCUCAAGGCCCAGCACAUCAGUGCCAUCGAAGACAAACUGCAAAAAGAGCAAAAGCAGAAGGUAAUGCUGGAGGCAACAGUCAGCCAUCUGCACAACUUGAUCCAGAACAACCAACAGAAGAGCCAGGAGGUGGCAGUGCAAAGGAAAGACCAGGUUUUCACCACCCAGACCCCACCUCUCAUUCCUGCCAAGGAAAACCAAAACACUCUGUUAGAGCACCCUGAGGAGGAGGAGGGAGAAGAAAGUCUGAAGGAUGAGAUGCAGAAAAAGACAUCCCAGCUCACAGCAAAGGAGAAUGAGGUACAUGUGGACACCCAGGCACACGUGGACACCGGGGCAGCAGGAGCGAGACCCCCCGGUCCGGGCGGUGCCCGCGCGCGGGUGAAGCUCUGCAGCCUCUGCGGGGGCCCUGCCAGGCUGCUUGGGUACAAAAGGGAGGGGACCCACCCCGGUAACCCCCCCUUGCUGUGCUUGCAGUGCUGGGAGCUGCGCUCGGAGCUGGAGGCCCUGAGCGAGGAGUACCGCUCCUGCCUGAGCAGGCUGCGCCAGUGCCGCGACGAGCUCAACCGCUCCCACAGCCAGCGGGCCAAGAGGCAGCAUGGUCACUGGAUCCCCCUCCUGGUGGCACUCACAGCAGUGGCCAUUGCCACCUUCCUGGCAAGCUACAGGCCAUGAAGGGCCUCCCUGAUGACUGACUUCACUGCAGGAACUGACUGUGCUUCCCCAAAAGUCUGUGACCUCAGUGCACCUUCUGCCGUUUUGUACCUGCACGUUUGGUUCACAUCCUGAGCUGGUCUCACUCCAGACAAACUCCCAAUAAA